AUGCCAAAGUUCGCAAAAUUUUUAAAGGGAAUUUUAUCUAACAGGAGGCAAAAAGGCGACUUCAAGACCGUGACAUUGACAGAGAAUUGUAGCACUAUACUUAUGGUGAACACUCCACCAAAGCUUCAGGACCCAGGGAGCUUUUCCAUACCUUGCAAAAUCGGCUCUGAAUUCAUACAGAAAGCUUUUUGCGACCUGGGAGCUAGCGUUAGCUUACUCCUAUACUCUUUAUGCAAGAAGCUGGGACUCCAGAACAUUAAAUUGACUACCAUGGCACUGCAAUUAGCUGACCACUCAUGUAGAUAUCCAAUGGGAAUAGUAGAAGACGUGCCAGUAGAGGUGGGCGGAUGUAUCAUUCCUACCGAUUUCAUUAUUCUAGAUAUGGAGGAGGACCCCAAGAUACAGAUCAUCCUUGGAAGACCAUUCCUUGCCAUAGCUGGAUCCCUAAUUGAUGUGAAGAGUCACAAGUUAUCCUUGGAGAUCGACAAGGAGAGGAUUGAGUUUGAUUUAUCCAACUCUUCCACUGCGCCUCUUUUUCUCAGGAAAACUCUAGCAGGAUAG